AUGGACAACUUGCAAGAGAAGGCUGAAGAAGCGAAGAAGAAGGUAGAGGAAAAAUCAAAAGAAAUAUCAGAAAAUGUAAAAGGAACAGUUGAAGAAACGGGGAAAGAGGCAAAAGAGAAAGCGGAUGCUGCGAAGCAAAAUUUGGAAAAGAAGGCAAGUGAAGCAAAAGAUGCUGCAAAAGAAAAGGUUGAAGUUGGUAAAGAAGAAGCAAAAGAGAAAGCGGGAGCAGCAAAGCAAAGUUUGGAAAAAAAAGUUGAUGAAGCAAAAGAAAAAGCAGCAGAAGCAGAAGAAGACGCCAAGGAAGCUGCUAGUGGCAUUGGACAAAAAGCGGCAGAUUUAGCGGGAAAACUGAAAGAUAAAAUAUGGCCUUCUUCGUCUGACAAAGACUCAGAUGCAAAAUAA